GAGGCAGUGGUCGUGGCACAGGAAGCCAUUGGAGUUCAGGGGCUCUUUUCGCCUAACAGAUGCAAAACAGCCUAUGUCACUACUUGAACAAAUGACAGCUUUGUCAUUGUAACACAGAUCAUGGAGAAUGGUGGUGAUGAAAUGAAGACUCUUCAGCUUCAAGCUUUGCAAAAACAGCAUGAAAACCUACAGGAUCAAAACAAAAGAAAAAAGGAUUUGUCUGUCGGUGAUUUAGAGUUUUCUAAAAAUCAAGAUAGUCCCAACAUUGGAGACAGACCUCAACAUGACAGUGGGUGUUUGCUGGACCAAUUGAGGGAACUAAAGGAUGUGAAUGGUCGUCUCUUGAAACUUCUAAGCGAAAAAGACUUUGUAAUCAAACACAUGAAGAAGAAAUGGGAACAAGAGAGACAGUUGGUCAUGGCUGGUGCGUCUGGCUUGGCAGGAGAUGCUGCUGCCGUCAAGAUUGUGGAGUUGUCCAAAAGGAACCGAGAGCUGACUGCUGAAGUUGAGCGAGAGCGGACUAAAUCCAAACAAAACGGCAACAGAAUCAAGGAGCUGGAGAAAGAUCUACAGGCUGCGCUGCGUUCACUACCACAAGGACAAAAGAUUGAUGUCAUUGUGCAGCAGCAAAACCAUGAGGACAGUCCAGCGCUGAAGACCCUGAAAGAGAAAUUAGCGUCUGCCCAGCUGAAAAACACAGAGUACCGCAACCAAGUUCAGUCUUUUAAACAAGAGUUAAAAGUGGCUCAAAAGGUUUUGAUGAGUGAGGUUGGCGAAGAUGUCAACCUUCAGCAAUUACUGAGUUGUCCAGGCAACUUUAGAGGACGUGCACAGCAGAUUCUGGCUCUCCAAGCAAGGGUGCGUGACCUCGAGCAGCAGCUAAAGCUGAAGUCCUCUCUGUCAAGUGACCCGAAUGAUGAACUUCCUGGUGUUCUUACAAUCCCAAGUCAGGACAGAAACAUCAGCCACCUUCGCAGCAUCACAAAAGAAAACAAGGAAGCCUUUCAGAGGAUCUCAGCGAGCUAUGAAACCCUCCAGAAAGAACACGAUCAAGUGAGGAAAGAACGGGAAGCCUGCAGAGCCAGAAACAAAUGUCUGUCCGCUGAAGCCAAAACUCUGAAAGCUCAGAUAUCUGCCCUGCUAGUGAAGAGUAAACAUGAUGAUGAGCUUGUGGACGCCCUGCUGAAAGAGAAGGGCCGAAUGCUGGAGAUGCUGAAUCAGCUCACCAAACAGAACACGGUGACCCAUCCCAGCUCGGUACCAUCACUCAGCAGCGAGCUCACCAUGCAGAAAACUCUCAUCCAGAACUUGUACCAACUGGUGGCUGACAAAGAGAACACCAUCAAAGAAUUGGAGGAGAAAAUCAAGCAUGCCCCAAAUGACAAUUGCUGACAUAUUUAACUCAAUAUCUGUAAAAAAAAAAGUAGGAGGGGGGGGGGCUCAAAAUUCUUCAGAAAAUGUUUUUCUAUAUUUACAUUGCAAUUAUAAAUGUGAAAUUAAUAUUUUAGUAAAUAGUGUAUAUUUAGUUUUAAAGUUUAAAUUAAAACUACAUAAAAAGUAAUGUUAAUACGCCAUAAAUAUAUCCUGUAUUUCAUGCUGCCAGCUGACAUUUAAUUGGAAUAAGACAUGCAAAUGACACUACAUGUUUAAUUUGUUGCACAUGUGUUUUGCAUUGUCUAUAUGUGCCCUGUGAUUGGCUGGCGACCAGUCCAGGGUGUACCCCGCCUCUCGCCCAAAGACAGCUGGGAUAGGCUCCAGCACGCCCGCGACCCUCGUGAGGAUUAGUGGUACAGAAAAUGAAAGGAUGGAGGCGAUAUAGGGGACUAUAUGGGUGCCAUUUCAUGUUUAAAAAAGUCAUAUACGGGUUGCCUAUGCAAACUACAAAUAUAUACUAUUUAUUACUAUUGAAUCUACUUGAUGGAAAUUCAUUUAUCAAGGUUGAGUCAGGAACCAAUUAACUGAACAUGAAAAUGAAAGAAUGAAUGAGUUUAGCAUAUUUUGAACGAGAGAUGUCAUUCUUGAAAAUCUAGUGUGGGAAAUUCUCAAAUAGCCAUCCAAAUAGCAAUCCAUUGUGUAUUGUGUGUACUAUU